GAGCCAUCAUUUUUCAGUUCUUCGCUCUUUUAUAAUGACCGUGGUUUGAAGUCUCCGACGAUUUAAUGGCGGCAGAAACGAGGUCCAAUUUGACGUCGACGCAGAGGUACGCGGCGAGUGCACUGUUCGCGAUCGCGCUCCACCAGGCUCAGAUCAACCAGACCCGCCCGUUGGGCUUAGCCGCUGAAGAUGAUUCAUCAACCGGAGACAGAAUCAGCAGCAGCAGCAGCAGUAGCGACUCCGUCUCUGAGGAUCCUGACCUUUGGGUCCACGAAAAUUCGGCUCUGCUCCGCCCUGUUUUCAGAUUUCUGGAGAUCGAGUCUACAGCAUGGACUGGACUAGAGGAAACUGCAGGUUCUACUCCAGUAAAACAUCAUAUUGGAGCAUUUUUGAGGUUGUUAGCAGAAGAAACUGAUGAGAAUUCGUCCCUGAGGUUAGAUAAGGAGUUUGCUUUGUCUAAAGCUGUUGAUGCAAUGGCACUUUGCAUGGAAACAAAUUCUGAAUCUUCCAAGGCUAAGAAGGAGAAGCAUCGUGAAUAUCAAAAUGAAUGUCGUGAGAAGUAUUCUAUUAGCGAGGAGACCAAACCUGAACCUUCUGAGUUUAAGAAGGUGAAACAUCUUGAGAAUGAAAAUAAAUGUACUGAGAAAUGUUCUACUAGUGAGGUGCUGCCAAAGUCUGAAGUGGCAAAUCUACAGACAGAGACUCCAAGAGACACUGAUGCUAGUCUGCCUGGUGGGGAUGAACUUCAUGGGCCUGGCAAUACUCUGAGUGAGAAACUGGCUGAAGAGGUUACAAUGCUCAGUUAUCAGAGGAAAGUAACUGUUCUCUAUGAGCUUCUUUCAGCUUGUCUAGCAGAUAUUGGUGAAAAGAACAAAAAAUAUUCAAGAAGAAGGAAGGCCUAUGAUGCUCGACAUCGGGUGGCCUUGCGAUUGCUAGCAACUUGGCUUAAUAUUGAGUGGAUAAAAAUGGUUUGAAAACUGAAUCUGUUAUUCCUUUUCAUAUGAUUUCAAACUCAAAGUUUGUUUUAUCUUUUUAGCUCUCCUGCAUCAUGCGUAGCCAAUUAACCAUUACUGUGAAU